AUGAAGGAUACAAGUGGCACCCCAUACCCUUUGCAGUUGCUGCCAGGGGCAAGCGAGAAUUCAUCACUGCUCUCUUGUUUCAAUGAGUCUGUGGAGGACUCAAAUAAGCAGAAACAUUUAUUAACACCUGAGUGUAAUGGCUCAACAAACGCUGUUAAUCAGACACCCCCUUUGCUGGUGGAUGCCUGGCUAGUCCCGCUGUUCUUUGCUCUCAUCAUGCUUGUGGGACUUGUUGGGAACUCCUUGGUGAUAUAUGUCAUAACUAAACACAGACAAAUGAGGACCGUCACUAACUUCUAUAUAGUUAACCUAGCUAUCACGGAUAUUACAUUCCUGGUGUGCUGUGUGCCUUUUACUGCCAGCCUCUAUCCACUGCCCAGCUGGGUGUUUGGCGAUUUCAUGUGCAGGUGUGUGAAUUAUCUCCAGCAGGUUACUGCUCAAGCAACAUGUAUAACUCUUACGGCAAUGAGUGUUGACCGCUGCUAUGUAACAGUAUAUCCACUGCAUUCACUGCGUCACCGAACCCCUCGUAUGGCCAUGGCAAUUAGCCUAGGCAUAUGGAUAGGUUCCUUGGUACUAUCUAUUCCAUUUGCAAUGUACCAAAAGCUCAGCACCGGAUAUUGGUACGGACCACAGAUAUACUGUAUAGAAGCCUUUCCUACAAUUAUCCAUCAGAAAGCUUUCAUAUUGUACACAUUCCUUGCCGUCUACCUUCUGCCGCUGAUAACAAUUUGUGUCUGUUACGCAUUCAUGCUAAAACGAAUGAGCAGGCCGGUUGUUGAACCUAUUGACAACAACUAUCAGGUUCAGCUAUUGGCAGAAAGAACGGAAGCCACAAGAACAAAGAUUUCCAAGAUGGUCGUAGUUAUAGUCUUACUCUUUACCAUCUGCUGGGGGCCUGUUCAACUGUUCAUUUUGUCCCAAGCGUUUGAUUCUGGUUUUCAACAGAGUUAUGAAACCUACAAACUCAAAAUCUUUGCUCAUUGCAUGUCCUAUUCUAACUCCUCCAUUAACCCUAUUGUUUACGCUUUUAUGGGAGCCAACUUCAGGAAGUCUUUUAAGAAAGCUUUUCCGUUCAUUUUCAAGCAGAAGGUUGCGUGUACAACUAGAGCAGUUGGUAACACCGAAAUGCAUUUUGUAUCAUCAGGAACCUGAUUUUACCAGGAAUCAUUUUACAAACAAUUGCAAUAAAGUUCUCAGUGCACAUUAGAUAAUAAAAUGAAAAAAUAAAAUGUUUGAAAUUGAGAUAA